GUGGAGGACUGGUGUCGAGAAAAACAGUGCACAAGAUGGCGGCCUCGUUGGCCAUGUGUAGUCGCUGUGCACGAAAGUUAAAACAUAUUCGCGUAAAUCGGUCCCUAGCACUGAGACCACUAUGCACUGCACCCUCCAAGUCAUCUUCUGAUGAAUUAGAUGAUAAAGCCAUGUAUUUAGAAGCUCUAUAUGCUUCUUCCAGGAAAAGAGAUCCAUUAGCUGUGUUGAGAGCAUUGGAGUCAACUGUAAGACCUACACAUUUCAUGCCAAAUCCUGAGUUUAUUGAGGACAAUAAUUUGCUACCAAGAAACAAAAUCAUGAAGGAUCAAUGUUAUUGGGCCAAGAGGUCAGGUGUAGAAGCUGCUAAGUUUGUGAUCUCAAAUUGUCCAGGGAUUUUUCCUCUUUGGAAUGCAAACCCUGCUUGGAAAGUAGAAGGUGCACAAGCUAUUGAUGUUGAUGAUGUUCAAACUGAGGAUCAACUGAAAGUAUUAAUUAAGGGGAAGAGUGCCAGGAAUGCUGCCCAAGCCUUUGAAAAAUUCAAGGAACAAGGGGUUGAAGUGUCACUGGAAACACAAAAUAACUUGCUUGACCUGGUUGCCUUUAAACUGGGCACUGAAUCAGCUGAAGAGACUUUGACCUUAGAAGAAAAAUCCGAGUAUUUAGAGACUGGUGAUGCUGAUAUGGAUGAGAGUGAAACAUUUAGUAACGAUGAUGAUCUAAUUAACCCAGAGGAUGAUGGUGGUACAAUUACUGUUUUAUGGAACAGUGACAAUUAUGCGGAACAAUUGUUUAAAAGUAUGACAACCAAAGAUGGCCGAACAUAUGAAGCUAUGAUGCUAGGUUUGAUAAAGUUUAGAGCCUAUGAAAGAGCCUUUGAUAUGCUAAUCAAUGGAAUGAGAGCAAAUGGACACCAAGCUUCUCUGUUGACCUACAAUUAUCUAUUAAAGGGAAUCUCAAGAAUUGAAAAUUGGGAAAUGGCACAGAUUCUUGUCAAAGAAAUGGUUAAAGAACCUGUGGUCAUUCCUGAUCUCAUCACAUUCAAUUCCCUUAUGAGGGUUGCUGUUGUAGGAGUUAAAGAAGGAGGAAGGACAAGGCUUGUACUGUCCUUGAUGAGAGACAUGAAAGAUCUUGGAAUAGAGCCUUCUCUGGAAUCAUACACUCAGUUACUACGAGCAGAAUACCUGCCAUUUUGGAACAAGAAGAAGGAAAGGAAGCAGAAUAAACAACCAUUGAAAAAGAUGUUUGCAAGUCCUGCAGUUCUUGAUCUAAUUCUCACUCAACUGGAAUCUCUGCCCAAUCUCCCACCCAUUAUAGAUCCAGAAGAUAGCAACUUCCUCAACACAGCUAUGAGUGCAGCUAUUCUUUGUAUUGAUGCUAAUAUCGCAAUACGUGUGUACAACUUGGUGCAGAAAGACAGGAAUGUUUCUUAUCUUGGUGUGAAAUAUUCUCAGUUCUAUUCCACAUUUCUUGUGGCCCUUUCAACAUCAGAUGUGGAAUUUUCUUUGCUAUAUAAGUACUACAAAGAAAUUGUACCUGAGAAAAUUAGACCAAGAUCAUAUGUCUAUGUCACUCUUCUGAACCAGGCGUACAAGACUCACAAUGCAAAAAUUGCUCCACAACUCUAUCAGGAUAUGCAAAAGUAUAAAGUAGAGAUUUCAGAAAAUGUAGUCAGAGCAUUGAUUAAAACCCUUGCUGCAGCUGACAAUCCUGAGGAUCUUAAAAAGAACUUGGAAGUCAUGCACGAUGUUUUACAUUGGGUAGGAGUAUUCAAGCUAAGUAUUCCUCCACUGACCAUUGCUCUAAUCAUUCGGAUGUACACUGUAAACGAUAAACUAGAAGAAGCUUGGAAUUGUUUAGCGAUGUACAAUAAAGUAGAAGCCUUUCCACAUUUUUCAAGUCUCUUUAACAUACUGAAUCUGGCGGUGAAGAAAGGUGACAAAACCAAAGUAGUGGCAACUUUUGAGCUGAUAGCCAAGUAUGGGUUUGAAUUUAACAGUCGCAGACGAAGUCGUUAUUAUGAUGCAGUCGACCUUCCUCCUGAUAAAAGGAAACACAUCGACAAGUUAUUUGAAAGUUUAGCUGCUCUCGAAAAAAACAGGAAGAAAGCAAUAGACGCAGCAGCUAACUUGCCGGAUGAGGAUGAUGCCUCACAUAACCCAACAGAGAUUUAAGGAAAAGAGUAGAUGCAAAGUGCCCAAACGAAGAGCACAGAAAACAUCGCGGAAAUCUCUGAACAGUAAUAUAGACUUUGUUACAGUCAUUUGUCGUGGACGUUAAUUUUGUGUUUCGGAAGCGUUUUAUUUUUUGAACAACCUGCUAGUUCGCACACUUCCGUUAAUUGACACGCACGAAGUAUUAAGCAAAAUCGUUCCCAGGGUCUCUCCUCUUUCCACCCUACGGAGCUAGGGAGACUGGACAACGCUGUGGGGUCUUCUCUCUGUCGUUCUAAAUGGCUGAAGUCGGGAGAGAAGGGGUACUAUGGCGUUUUCAGUACAGUUUCAUAGGUCGGAAAGUGGUCAAUCUUAGCAAAUGGCAACAUACAGUAAACCAAUAAGAACUCAAAACAGAUGCAAGUAUGAGACACUAAGCGCGCAAACAAACAAACAAACAAACAAACGAAGGAAAAAAAUGUUUUUUUAGAUCAAGUUUUUAAAUGGCUCUUAAUGCAUCUCCUUACAGAUCGCAAGUAAAGUAGAAAUAAAGAAGAUUGUUUUGGACAGUUUCAACGUGCCGUUCACUUUGAAUAAUAUGCGUGUUUUGCGUCACACUACUACUGUUGUAUGCUUUCGGUUUAGGUCCGUUUGGUCACCUCACAAAUAAAAAUUUCAUCCGUA